AUGUACAGUCAAGCCAGUCCCCAGAUCAACCACCAACAGGUCCGUAGGACGAGCUCCGUCUACCUUUCACCGGUCGACAGUAUUUGGGGUUUUCCUCCCACGGACCGCACGACGGAGCAAAUCUUGAGGUCUGCAUUAGCGGAUGUACUUGGUCUGGACGUCCACACCAUCGCCCGCGACGCGUCCUUCUCGGAUUUGGGAGGAAAUGCGCAAGCGGCGAAAGCUGUACGCAACGACUGCAGGCAGAAAGGUCUGUUCAUCAGGACUCGAGACAUACUUACUUGCAAGACGAUAGCCGAGUUGGAGACUCGCGCUAUUCCGUUAAGCCCGAACCCCUCACAACCAACCAGCAGCCACUCAGUACCGCCUUUGAUAGUGAGCCCGCUCCAGCUCACCUCGCCCGUCAGCAAGUUCAACACGGCCAUGUCGAUUUCUUCACCACAAGCUCAGCUUUCCGCAGGGUCCAAGUCUCCGCCGGGAGCGCGAGGCCAGCCACAACUACAGCCAAAGUCGUCGAAGCGGCAUCACAAUCAGGUCGAACAAGUGCUAUCCUUGAACGGCGAUGUAUCCAAGGCUGUCGUAUUAAAGCCAAAGGCUGGCCUGUUUGAGGGCCAGUCCGUGGCCUUCAUCACUUUGUCCAGCUGCGUUAUCGAGGGACCGAGCAAGUGUGAAAUAAAGCCCCUGAGUGCCUAUUACACCAGCAGGCUGCCGACGAUUCGAAAAGCCGUGGAGGCCAAAGUCGCACCCACCAUAGUCCCUAAAGUUUGGAUUGUGUUGGAACGGAUACCACUCGACGACGCUGGGAAGAUCGACCGCAGGAAGCUUCAAACAUGGAUACAAAACGCGAACGAAGCCAUGUGUCAGCAAAUCAUGUCCAUCGACUCCCAAGAGAUUCUGGCCACACCCAUGACCGAUGUCGAGGAACGACUGCAGAAGGUCGUGGGCAAGGUUUUGAACGUCCAACCCCAAACAAUCGCCAUGAAUUUGCCUUUCGCGGAACUCGGGGGUAACUCGACGGCGGCAAUGCAAGUGGUAGUGAGGUGCAAGUCGCAAGGCAUUUCACUCAAGGCGGAAGAUGUUCUUCAGGCCAUGUCAUUGACGCAACUGGCCUCUCUUGCCAUUUCGAGCGAAGUGCUGGCCCGGAACUCCAUCGACAGCACGACCGAGGAGUUCGAACUCACCCCGAUGCAGCGCUUCUACUUUCACACCCCGAUGGGUAGCAGGAUAAGUCAAAGGGCCUCGCGGGAUGGAUCGUGCCGUUUCAAUCAAAGCAUGCUGCUGCGCUUCAAGAAGUCGAUCGGCAUGGAAGAUAUCCGCGCGGCUAUUGAAACGGUUGUCGGGCAUCACGCCAUGCUUAGGGCGCGGUUUAGGCCCAGCAGAGGCUCGUGGUCACAGUAUACCCUGUCCGAGGUUUCUUCGUCAUACCACUUUGGUCAUCACUCAGUCCGAACCGACGCCUCAGUGGAAGCAGUCAUCAAGCAGGCGCAAGCGAGCAUCGACAUCGAGAACGGUCCCGUGUUUGCGGCCCAUCAUUUUCACACCAACGAUGGUCACCAGUUGCUUUACCUCGUCGCUCACCAUCUCGUGGUAGAUUUCAAGUCUUGGAGUGUGAUCGUGGACGAUCUGGACCAGCUUCUCCUCGAAGGCAGUUUGGCAUCGGGUCGAGCCGUGUCUUUCCGUGAAUGGACUGCACACCAACGACGCAGGGUCAACAACACGAACUCUCCGAUACAGUUUCCCUUCCAGAUCAAUGGAGCCGACUGUGGCUAUUGGGGCGUGAAUCAGCAGACCAACAACUACGCCAACACCGUUACAGCUGGUUUUACGCUCGGCACCGACAUAACCUCGCUUCUUUCCAGGAGCAACGAGACGCUUCGUACAGACUCUUCGGACAUAUUCCUCGCAGCGUUACUUCUCUCCUUCAGUCAAACUUUCCGGGAUCGACCGACGCCUGCCAUUUGGAAUCAAGAACACGAAAGGACUGUUUGGGACGCAGAGGUGGAUAUCUCGGAGACGGUCGGAUGGUUCACUUCUCUGUGUCCUCUGGCGGUGGACAUAUCCCCCUCUGACGACUUGUUUAAAGUCCUUCGUAACGUCAAGGAUGCGCGACGCACGGUGGCGGACAGAGGUGUCUCGUACUUCGCCUCGAACUUGAUGGACGCUGAAUCUGCCGAUUCUUUCACUUCUUCGCAAUCGCCCCUGGAGAUCAUCUUCACAUAUGUAGGGCCCACGCAAAGCCAUGACCGUCAAGAGAGCCUCUUGGAGCAGAUUCCCGUUCCCAACAGCCGGUCUCUGGCUUCUCCCACAUCGGAUAUUGGACCCAACGUGGGUCGCAUUGCACUUUUUGAGGUAUCAGCUGCGAUUGAUCACGGCGAAGCCAAGUUCAGGUUUGUUUACCACAGGCUAUCAAGACACCAUGACCUCAUUGAUGCUUGGAUCCACACCUACGAGGUUUUUCUUCAAGACGGAAUCAAGCACUUGCGUUCUCAGCAUCCCGAGCUUUCUAUGUCGGACAUCCCCCUCAUGGAUAUGACCUACGACGGCCUCUCCAAAUUGAACCGGGAAAUCCUACCAACCCUCGGCAUCGAUGCCACCAACAUCGAAACUGUGUACCCGGCCACUGCGAAUCAGCAACACAUUUUGAUCAAUGAGUCUUUGAUUCCUGGUAGUUCUGGUGUCCAGACCAUCUACGCGCUUAGCAGCCUCGGCAACUAUAUUGACAUUAAGCAGUUAUGCGCCGCGUGGCAGCAGGUUACUACCAAGCACCCGGUCCUCAGAACACUGUUCGUUGAAAGCAGUUCCAAGAACGGUUUGUUUGAUCAGCUUAUUCUGCGACACCAUUCUCCAAAUAUGCUCUUCAUCGAGAGCCGAACUCGCGACAACGCUCUAUACGACCUGGAGAAGCUCCCUCCUUUGACCUCAACCAAGCGCAGCCCUGCACACAGGUUGGUCGUAUGCCAAGCACCAGGCAAAACAUUCCUCAAGUUGGAAAUGAGCCAGGCCCUCUGCGACGGUUCCAGUCUUGCCAUCCUAUUCACUGAGCUGAACCAAGCCUACUUCAACCGCACGACGUUAGGAACAUCGGGAAUCUCGUACCUGGAAUACCUCAAGUGUUUGAAAACGACACCUUGCAGCAUCGAGUUCUGGCGGGAGCGCCUGGCCGGCGUCCAGCCGUGCCACUUCCCAAACCUGCUCUCGCAGGAACAGCAAGUCGAUGGUAGGGAGUUCGAGACCACGUCCGUCGAAUUGGGUCUUUCCUGCCGAUCCGUUGAUCAGUUCUCGCAGCAAUAUCAAGUCGACGUGACUGCAGUGUUGAGCGUGGCUUGGGGUCUCGUCCUACGAUUUUAUGUUGGCUCCGAUUCAGUUUGUUUCGGGUACCGCACCUCCGGCAGAGAUCUUCCGGUGGAGGGCCUCUCCGAUGCUGUGGGAUGUUUUUCCACCGUCUUGAUCGGCCACCUUGCGGUUCACUCGUCCCAGUCCAUCGCUCAGAUGCUCAUGGACGCCGAGGAGAACCACCGCGAGGCCCUACACCAUCAACACGUGCCAGUGAGUAGCAUCGAGCACGUUCUGAAAAGAAAGGGCGAUCGCCUCUUCAAUUCCUGCCUGUCUUUCGGCUAUGAGAAUAUUGAUGAGACCUCUCCGGCUAGCAUGAAGUUCCGACACGUCAAAUUGAUGCAGGCUUCGGAGUAUGAUUUCAACGUCGACGUCAACUUCAGGCGUGGCAAUCUGGCUUUGGACAUCGGACACCGCAUUGUCACGCCGGUCCAGGCGGAGAACGUUGCCCAUGCCUUCGAGAGAGCCGUUCGGACGGUCCUUGACAACCCCGGCGGCACGGUCCGAGAGGUUGACCUGUUCAACGACCACGACCACCGGCAGAUCGUUGCGUGGAACAGCGAGCCCAAGAUGGAUACCACCAACGAAAACGUACACCGUCUGAUUGGUCUGCGAGCCUGCGACUAUCCCGGUAUCCAAGCCGUCUGCGCCUGGGACGGCGACUUCACCUAUGGGGAGCUAGAUGAGUUGUCUAUCAAAAUGGCGAGCUAUCUUGUGGCUUGGGGCGUGCAACCCGGAACACCCGUGCCGGUCAUUGUCGACAAGAGUCGAUGGGCGGUGGUGGCUAUGUUGGCUGUCUUGAAUAUUGGUGCCAUUCUCAUCCCCGUCGACGUAGCACUCACGUCCAUGUUUUCAUGGAUUAUCAAGAAUGUCGGGGCCCAGACCGUCUUGGCCUCAGAAAGUGUCCGAGAGCAUUUGCCGGGUCGAGACAACCAAGUUAUCUACCUCGACGAGGAAACACUCUCGUCUAUAACUGCCCUUCCCACGGUGAUACUUGACCCCCACCCAACCAGUUCUUACGACGCGGCGUGCAUUUUGUUUAAUACGGCGUCUGCGAUGAACCACAAAGGCAUCGCCUACAGCCACGGUGCUCUCGCCACCGCAUGUAUCGGCCAAGCUUCCGCACUCCGCAUCAACCCGUCGAGUCGUGUCAUGCAGUUAUCAUCCUACAGCGUUGACAUUGCCCUGACCGAGAUAUUUACAACCUUGGUCAACGGCGGAUGUGUUUGUGUGCCCUCGGCCGUAGAGCGGGUGGAGGGCUUCACUCCCGCUGCUCAGCGCAUGAAUGUGAACUGGACCUACUUGACUCCGACCCUGUCUCGCAAGCUACAGCCGGAGAACCUGCCUAACCUGUCCAUCGUCUGCUUCAGGACACGCCAACUGGAAGCCGAUACCUACGGACCAUGGGUGGGCAAAGCCAAGAUUUUGCUCGCCUAUGGCUCUGCCGAGGCGUGCCCACUGGGGUUGUCUGCCUCCGAGGUCACAGCCUCGGCGGCGGUGAGGUGCAUUGGCAAGCCAUUCUGCGGGAACUACUGGAUUGUCAAUCCCGAUGACUGCAAUCGACUAAUGCCGGUCGGUGCCGUCGGAGAACUGGUCAUCGGCGGUCCUACCCUGGCAAAUGGCUACGACCUCACGGGCGGCGAAAACAAGACGUAUUUUACUAGAAGGACAUCCCGCGCGAAUCUGGGAGACGUGAAACCAGGCAGACUUCUGAAGACUGGUCACUUUGUCCGUUAUACAGAAGAUGGUCAAAUCGAGCUGGUUUCUAGCCGAGGUGAAAAUACGGAAAUCACCGCCAAGGUCGAGCCACGACUUCGGAGAUGUCUCGGUCGAGGUGUGGAUGUGGUGGUUGACACAAUUGCUUUCAAAUAUCAAGACAGCGACUCGACUUCCAUACUGGUUGCCUUCGUUGAGCUUGGCGACAGUCUUUACCCUGGUGAGCCCGACCUGAACCACUUGAGUGCCGUCACCAAGGAACGAUUGUUUCUUGCCAAAAAGAUGGCAGAGAUGGCUUUGCGGGACGUCGUGCCAAACCACUUGAUCCCUUCGACCUUCAUCCCGGUCAAGCAGAUGCCAUUGACACCUUCGCUGAAGGUUGAUCGCCGCGCUUUGCAGAAGAUGAUCAUGGGUCUUUCAAAAUCCCAGCUCCUCGGGUUGUCUAGUGUACCCAACCCUCACGAAGUGCAAGCCGCCAGCCUCAACCCGCUUCCCCUGACCAAAUUGGAGCAGCGUGUACGGGCCAUUUGGGCUAGAGUACUCGAUGUUCAGGAGUCUUCCAUCACUUCCAAUGACGGCUUUGUUGGUCUCGGGGGCGACAGUGACCUCGCUCACGACCUCGUCAUCACUUGCCGGCAGCAGGAUUUGGAUGUGUCCAUUAUUGAUGUUCUUCGCAACUUUUCCUUGACUGAGCUGUGCAAAGUGAUUAGCGUUGCAGAUGUGCCCGUCCCGGAGGUCGAAUCGAACAUGCGGAAGCAGCGAAGCCCCUCCAACGUCUUUGUCGGAAAUGCCGUUCUGCCACAGGUCGGCCUUGAACGAGAAGAAAUCGAGGACUUCGCCGAAGCCUCUUCUCUCCAAACUGCAUUCAUUGAGUCGGGCAUGCUCAGGACCAAGGGCGACAUCAGCUACUUGGUGAUCAACAUGACCGGUCCGUUCGGCUGGGACAAGCUUGAGAACGCCGCGUUUCAGCUUACCAAGGCACAUCCCAUGCUACGCACCGCUUUUAUUACACACAACCAACAGUUGUUCCAGACGGUACUCCGCUCCUACAAACCCGAGUUCCAGCGCUAUCAAUGCCCCAGCUGGCGCCUGAGUAACCUGGCCACGAAAAUCAUCAAGAGAGACCAGUCGGCGCCAAUCAAUUUCCGCCAACCAGUGACUAAAUUCUUCUACUUGGAUGCUGGCAAGAGCUCUAUUUUGGUAAUGCGACUGUCUCGAGCGCAGUAUAAUGAGGCUUCCCUGCCAGCCAUCAUGAAUGACCUGUCCAGAUGCUGCGACCACGGAGACAUGGUGACUCAACGUCCAGGCUUCUGCGACGUGGUGCGAGCUGCGCAACAUGCUUCGCACAAUGGUGCUAUCGACUACUGGCGCACUCUCCUUGAGGAGGCUCGGAUGACGCAGGUGGUUUCGCAGCCCACUCCACUGGUGGCCAGCUCCGAUUCCAAGACGAUCCACCGGCAGAUUCCCACGGGCUCCAUUCAGCAUCUAGGCAUUCCGUUUGAGACCAUUCUCAAGGGUGCCUGGUCGGUUGUGCUCUCUAACCUCUCAGGUUCAGAUGACGUCGUCUUCGGUCAGUUGGUCGAGGGCAAGCAUCUGAGUCUUCCAGGUGGGCACGCUGUGGCUGACGUUGUUGGGCCUACUGGCAACAUCAUCCCGGUGCGCACCCGACUUCCCGAUGUGCCGAUCACACCCUACGAGUACUUCCGUUGCGUGCAGAGCCAGCAUGUGGCCAGCGUUCCGCACGAGAACAUGGAGUUUUCCGAUAUUAUUUCCAAGUGCACCAGUUGGCCGUCGUGGACGAACUUCAGCACCGUCGUCCAGCACCAGAACUCUGCUGAACGUAUUAACCUCGGCCACUUCCUCCUCGGUGGUGCGACGUGCAAGCUCAACUAUAUAGAGUCGAACCAUCAGAACUCGGACAUGUUUGUACGUUCCGUCACUGCUGGCGCCGCCCAUGUCGACAUCAGCCUUACCUUCUCCGAGAAGCGCAUGCACCCCAUUUUUGCCGACGAGGUGCUCAAGAUGCUGUGCUCCACCAUCACGCUUCUCACAUCGGCCUUCAUCAUGGAGCCGCUCAUGCUCAAGGGUCUAAACGACGAUCGCGCCAUCUCGCGCAUCCCGCUCCCAAGCUACAACCAGGACAAGAAACUCGAGACACCCGUUCAGUCAGUGACUCCAGACCAUGCGAGCGCCAUCCACGCCGUCAUCUCCUCGGGCUGGGAUGCCAUCCUCAGCACAAGCAGCCUGCACGUCUCCGAUGUACGGAGCGUGCCCUUCUACGACAUUUGGGGAUCUCUUAUCCCCGCCGCCGAACUGGCCCGUUUCUACAACGAGAAUAUGUCCCGUCUUGACGUCCCUGGGCUUGAACAGGCCACUUUCACCUUGGAGGACAUCCUCGAACAUCCGACCAUGAUGAAGCAGUUCGAGAUGAUAAUCGCCCAACAGCAGGGCGUCUCCUCGGUCGAGUCCAUGACGAGUGGGAGUAGCCAGAGUGAUGUGGACGAGCUGAGGGACGAGGUCAAGGCCGAGAUUAGUCCGUUGACGCCUGUGACCCCGUUCACGAGGAAAAAGCCAAGCGUUGGGUUGGAUGCGAGUGCGCAUGCGUUAAAGAAGAAGGGAAGUGGUUUGUUGGGGAGGAUGGGGAUGCACUCUAUUGGGGCAUAG